CUCAAAACAAAGGAAGACAGUCCUGACUGCGAGGAAGCAGGAAGCCGCCGCCGCUCACUCGCUCGCUCGCUCACACGGAGCCCAGCUGCUGGGACCAGGGGCAGCAGGAUGGAGUCCGUGGCCCUGUACAGUUUCCAGGCCACAGAGAGCGAUGAACUGGCCUUCAACAAGGGGGACACACUCAAGCCGCGGCCCAGGGCCUCGCCUGGACGGCGUGGAGACAUGCUGAGCUGCUGGGGCCGAGCAGCCCACCCCAAAGAGACGGGACAGGACAGAAAGCACAGGGCGGCAGGCAGCGCUGAGCAGCCAACCGAGGAGGCAUCUCGGAAGAGGUGGUACUCGGGCAGGAUUUCCCGGCAGCUGGCAGAAGAGAUUCUGAUGAAGCGGAACUACCUAGGAGCCUUCCUGAUCCGGGAGAGCGAGAGCUCCCCAGGGGAGUUCUCCAUCUCUGUGAACUACGGGGACCAGGUGCAGCACUUCAAGGUGCUGCGUGAAGCCUCGGGCAAGUACUUCCUGUGGGAGGAGAAGUUCAACUCCCUCAACGAGCUGGUCGACUUCUACCGCACCACCACCAUCGCCAAGAAGCGCCAGGUCUUCCUGCGGGAUGAGGAGCCCCCACUCCAGCCGCCGCGGACCGGCUUCGCCCAGGCCCAGUUUGACUUCUCGGCCCAGGACCCCUCCCAGCUCAGCUUCCGCCGCGGUGACAUCAUCGAGGUCCUGGAGCACCUGGACCCGCACUGGUGGCGAGGCCGGUUCUGCGGGCAGGUGGGUUUCUUCCCCCGGAGCUACGUCCAGCCCGUGCACCUCUGACCGGAGCGGGGCUGGGGGCCGAGCCAGCAGACCAUCUGUCCACAGGACGCUGAAGUCCAGAGAGAGACCAUGGACGCCCCUCCGGGCCCCCGGGGCUCGGCCCAGGCCUCGGUAGGGACACGGCCUCUGACGGCCCAGCCCAGCCCUCUGCUCCACAUGAACCGGGGCUGCCCCGUGCCCACAGCCAACACCAUGUGCAGUGCCCGCCGGGCAAGGGGCGCUCCCGGGGUUCCCACAGCCUCUUCCCACUGGUCACCAGCAUUGUGACACCCUAGGGUGGGCUGACAGAGGCUCAGCCCACUCCACCGUCAGUGGCCCCACCCACCGGGCUCACCCGCCCCUCCCUCAAAAGGACCCUGAGGUGUCUGGCUAUUGGGGAGGUGACUUCGAGGGAAGGGAAGGCGAGGGCGCUGCCCACCUGAUGGCCUGGGCUCACUGGACAGAUCCAGGUGGAGAUCAGCUUCUCCAGCGUCCACCUGGGCCCCUGACACCGGCGGCCGGGCCCUGAGGGCACCGUGGAGAAGGCAAGGGGCAGCUGCUCCUCAAAAUGGACAAGGCCUGGGGGGCGAGGAGGCUCUGCCCAGGCCCCGGGAGCCAGGAGGACCUGCGGGCCAGGGGAGCUGGGCCUGGGCUGGACUCUGAAGCCCAGCAGCAUGGGGGGCAGUCUGGGGGGAGCCCCAGUUUGAGAAUGGAACGCACACCCAGCAGGGGGUCACUAGGCAGUGCCUGCCCCGAGUCUGGGCACCUUUGGGAGCAGGAAGAGAGGGGAACUCAGAAGCAGCUGGAAUGCCAGGCUGGGUGGGGGGCAGUGAGAAGGGGGGCCCUAUAGCACUGGGAGCAGAUGGGACAGUGGGGGGCUCUCCCUCCACCCAGGGGGGCCUGGGGCCCUCCGGACCCUGAGCUCUGGCGACUGUGCUGCUCC